ACCAGGCGAAGCGCCUUAAGGAGUGGCACUUUUAAAAGUUCAGCCUAAGGCCACCCACUACCAGCUCCUACCUUAGUUUAGUUACUUUUGGGUCCAGUCUGGUCCUGUGUGCGCCCGGCUUUCCUCACUGAGAACCCAAACCCAGUCCAGCCUAGUCUCCACCAUGCCGGUCAAAGGAGGUACCAAGUGCAUUAAUAUCUGCUGUUUGGAUUUAACUUCAUCUUUUGGCUCGCAGGAAUUGCAGUCCUUGCCAUUGGCCUAUGGCUCCGGUUUGACUCUCAGACGAAGAGUAUCUUUGAGCAGGAAAAUAACAAUUCCAGUUUCUACACAGGUGUUUACAUCUUGAUUGGGGCUGGUGCCCUCAUGAUGCUGGUGGGUUUCCUGGGCUGCUGUGGGGCUGUGCAGGAGUCACAAUGCAUGCUGGGCUUGUUCUUUGCCUUCCUCUUGGUGAUUUUUGCCAUUGAAAUAGCUGCUGCCAUCUGGGGUUAUUCCCACAAAGACGAGGUAAUUCGUGAGAUCCAGGAAUUUUAUAAGGAAACAUACAACAAUAUGAAGUCCAAAGAAGGUCCCUACAGAGACACCCUCAAAGCCAUCCACCAUGCACUAGAUUGUUGUGGUUUGACUGGAGUUUUCGAUCAGUUGAUCACAGACACCUGCCCCAACAAGGACUUGGUCUCAUCAGUUACUCUGAAGCCUUGCCCAACAGCUAUUGAGGAAGUCUUCAAUAAUAAAUUCCAUAUCAUCGGAGCUGUCGGCAUAGGGAUUGCUGUUGUGAUGAUUUUUGGCAUGAUUUUCAGUAUGAUUCUAUGCUGCGCUAUCCGGAGGAACCGAGAAAUGGUCUAGAGUCUUUGCUUUCACCCCCUGAGCAGGAAGGUCUGCCCUCUAGAACUAUUCUGUUUGUGUCUUUUGUUUUAUAUUAUGUUUUGUUCGCCACUAACUUUAGUAU